UAGUGUGAGGAGCAGACGCAAGGGAUGUGCACUACUUUCCGACGCGAAUGUAUCAUUGCUGUUCCACAGCGUUCCACGGUCAGGGCCAUCUUUGGUCGUUCUCGCUGGUGACAGUGUGUGGACCAUAUUCCACUUAGAAAUGAUAACUGAUUAUAAAUGAAUACAUACUAACUUAAAACGGCAUCUAACCAACAUAUAUUUGCGAUAAAUUGCGUCCGUUCUUCCACUUGGUUUCUUUUUCUGCCAAUUCCCUGAAAUUCCACAAGGCAAAAGAGGGCGAGACAGGAGAGGCGGUUAUACAAUAUGGAUGAGGAAUAUGAUGUGAUCGUUUUGGGCACCGGACUCACGGUAAGUAGGCUAAUCAAUUUGAUUUGCUUCAUAUUAAGGCUUGGCUUGGUGAUGUAGCAAACUAAACUUUACAUUUAUGAAGUUUGCCAAUGUUUCCUUAUUCAUCCAAUAAUGCAAUUGAUAGGAACAUCUGCAUCCCUGGCUGACUUUAGGAAAAUGUGAUGGUAAAAAGCCUAUCUGCCCCAAAGCUGAUACGAUAUCAUUGAAUAAUGGAUACAAUUAGGCAACAAUUUAUUUGGAUACAUUUGUGUUGUCAAUACAUUGUUCAUUCGUUGUGCAGCAUCUUUAGGCGUAGCCCCAGAGUGAAGGUGUAGUGGCCUUCAGUGAACAGCAUUUGCGCAGGUCUGGGAAUGGUUUAAAAUAAAUAGAACCUCUCCCUAGUACUGUAUAAUGUUUCGUAGACUCGCCUCAGUCAUCACACCCAGUUCCAUAUUCGAGGCAAAUGUGUACAUAGUUUACAAUAAGACAAAGCCGACAUUUUACGAGUACGAUGGACGAUAUACAUGUCAUAAAAUAAUCUUUUUUUAGUGCAGACAGUUAAUGAUUUAGCCUGGAUAUGAACAAUAUCCACUACACUCAUUUAAUUUUGGGGUGGCAGAUGCAAAGAGAUAAAAAUUGUAUUUUCUUUAUUUAUACUACAAUUGUUAUUUUUUUUAAUGAAUAGGAUUAUUAGUAUUAUUUUAUUAUUAGUACAGUAUUAUUGUUAUGCCUCAGAUAUCGGCUGGCGCUUGCGUACAUCUUGUCCCUCCCUCUUACCCCCCCCCCCCCCCCCCCCCCCCCCCCCCCCCCCCUCUCUCUCUAUCUAUCUAUCUCUCCCUCCUCAUACACACACACACACACAAUUGCUUUUUUAAUACAAAUGUUGAUUCAUAUUUUGCCUUUCAUUUUGUUUUAGGAAUGCAUCCUCUCUGGGAUCAUGUCUGUGAAUGGAAAGAAAGUUCUGCACAUGGACAGGAACCCCUACUAUGGAGGUGAAAGCUCCUCUAUCACCCCUCUGGAAGAGGUAAGGGCUGGGAACAUUGUGGAUCUAAUGGUCAUCAUUUUGUGUGUCAAUAUCCACUCAAAUAUUCAAUCAUAUUUCAUAUAUUCCAGUGUUCCACCCAGUCCUCUAUGGUUUAAAUCAGAUAUUUUAUUCUCCUGUAUCUUCCUGUCACUUCUGCCCCAGGUUAAUGGUUUUACAUUUGUAAGAGUAGUAAGAGUCUUUAUUGAUGUUUUCACUCGUGCAUAUAUUUCCCUUCCACAGCUGUACAAGCGGUUUGAGCUGCCUGACAGCCCUCCAGAGUCUAUGGGUCGUGGAAGAGACUGGAAUGUGGACCUCAUCCCCAAAUUUCUUAUGGCCAAUGGUCAGUUGUGGGAUUAUUUUAUUUUUUGCACAUGAGAGAUACCAUUAAAACCAUUAGAUGAAUGAAUAUUCCUGUUACCAAUCGAUACAUACAGAACCAACCAGUACACCAAUAGCCUCAAUCAUAAAUCAUGUGGCUCAGUUACUCAACGUAUUCAUGUAUGCAGACCAUCACCACAUAAUGAGGAUAAGUAGGAAGUAGAAUUUACCCAAGAAAAAAUGCAAAUCGCCAUCAUGAUACCAAUAAAGCAAAAUAUGACAUGGCUGUUGAUGAAACAUGGUGAUACCUUGAAGUUAUUAAAUGAAGACCAUCCUUUCUGUCUGUCAAUCCAAUAAAACAGGUCAGCUUGUGAAGAUGCUGCUAUACACAGAAGUGACACGAUACCUGGACUUCAAAGUAGUGGAGGGUAGUUUUGUGUACAAGGGAGGAAAGAUCUACAAGGUGCCCUCAACUGAGACUGAGGCGCUAGCUUCAAGUAAGUUUGAAUAUACAGUAAACUGUACUUUAGAUCGUGUUGUGAGUUCGCUAUAUGUACCAUCAUGUUUGACAUUUAUUAACGUUUUCCUGCUAUAUAUACAGUAUAGUAUCGUAUAUGAGGCAGAGCUUUCACAUUUGUUUUUAUCACGUGUCCUCCAGAUCUUAUGGGUAUGUUUGAGAAGAGAAGGUUCCGGAAAUUCCUAGUGUUUGUGGCCAACUUUGACGAGAACGACCCUAAGACCUUCGAGGGCGUCGACCCCAAAGUCACCACAAUGAGAGAUGUGUACAAGAAGUUUGACCUGGGUCAGGAUGUCAUCGACUUCACUGGCCACGCCCUGGCCCUCUACAGGACAGACGAGUAAGAGCAUUUAGAUCGAUUAUUAGUCACUAAUUAGAUUAGGCAUUAUUACCCCUAUCAGGAAGUAAACUGAAAUUCCAAGUUCAUGCAUUGAAAAGCAUUGAGGAAAUUUUAAUUUUAGUGCACUUCCUGAAUUGAAAUGGAAUUGACCCAUACCCUGACUCCUAUUGAUCAUGUGUCUCCCUUUCUCCAGCUACCUUGAUGUGCCCUGUUUGGAGACCAUAAAUCGCAUCAAGCUGUACAGUGAAUCCCUGGCCCGAUAUGGGAAGAGCCCCUACCUGUACCCCCUCUAUGGCCUAGGGGAGCUGCCUCAAGGAUUCGCCAGGUCUGUGUGUUACAUUUGUAAUCCCUAAAUCUCUAUGUCCUUUCUUUAGUAAGACAAAGCUGUUCAUGUUGAAUUCUGAUCUUAAGUCACUCAGGAUAAGGAUAAAAUAGUCUGCUAAAGCUAACUGACUAAAUUGUAAAUGUUAAACGUCUUCAAUAGUGUAUUAGCCUAUUAUUAGCAUAUUUAUAAUAAAGUAUCAUUCAUAGUCUCUCUCUCAUACAUUGUUAGGUUGAGUGCAAUUUAUGGAGGAACCUACAUGCUCAACAAACCAGUGGAGGAGAUAGUGAUGGAGGAUGGUCAUGUGGUGGGAGUGAAGUCUGAGGGAGAGGUAAAGUUCUAUAAAAUCACAAUCUAAUCUAUCUAUAAAAUCACAACCUGAACUAUCUAUAAAAUCACAAUCUAAUCAGUUCUAUAAAAUCACAAUAUAAUCUAUCAAUAAAAUCACAACCUGAACUAUCUAUAAAAUCACAAUCUAAUCAGUUCUAUAAAAUCACAAUCUAAUCUAAUCAGUUCUAUAAAAUCACAAUCUAAUCUAUCUAUAAAAUCACAAUCUAAUAUGUCUAUAAGAUCCAAUCUCUUUACCAUAUAGUAAAGUAGUCAAGACUAUUGAUAAUGCACUGAAGAAAAGUGAACAAUACCUGCACAUAUACAAUUGGUAGAAGAGAGAAAAUACAGUAUGUUAGAUUGACACUGUUGUCUUCUAUGUUGUCCUUCCCUUGUCAGGUGGCUCGGUGCAAACAGCUGAUCUGUGACCCCAGCUACAUCCAGGACCGCGUGCGGAAGGCAGGCCAGGUGAUCAGGGUCAUUUGCAUCCUCAGCCACCCCAUCAAGGACACCAACGAUGCCAACUCCUGUCAGAUCAUCAUCCCUCAGAACCAGGUCAACCGCAAGUCAGGUGAGGGGUGGACCAAAUACAGGUUGACUAAGAUGGGAUGUUUCUGACUUCCUAUUGUCAUAUGUUCUCUCUACCUGUAAGUUUACCUCACAUAAAUUAUAAAAGCCGUGUUGUUGGAGAGUGAAAAAGUAUAGAAAAGUCAAAUUGUAAAAUCUCAAUUGAAUACAUCAUUAGGUACCAGAAAAGCAAAGUGACUGCCACAGAGCAUAUUUGUGAGGCAUAUUUUAUACUGAAGAAUAUAUGUCUCAUACAGUAUAUACUGUAUGUCUACGUCUACCUUUGAAUUCAUCAAGACCUUUUCCUUAUCCCUGAACUGAUCUAACUUGUGUUCUGUCCUCCAGACAUCUACGUGUGUAUGAUCUCCUACGCCCACAAUGUGGCGGCCCAGGGGAAGUACAUCGCCAUUGUCAGCACCACCGUGGAGACCAACGAGCCUGAGGCUGAGAUAGAGCCUGCUCUGGAGCUGCUGGAGCCCAUUGACCAAAUAUGUCUCUACUCCCUCUUUCCUCCUCUCGUAACUUCCCCUUCCUCCUCUCUACUUCCUCCCUCUUUCCUCUCUCCUACUCCCUCUCCUCCUCUCUCUCUUCAACUCUCCCUCUUCCUCCUCUCUACUCCCUCUUCCUCCUCUCUACUACCUCUUCCUCCUCUCUACUACCUCUUCCUUCUCUCUACUCCCUCUUCCUCCUCUCUACUCCCUCUUCCUCCUCUCUACUACCUCAUCCUCCUCUCUACUCCCUCUUCCUCCUCUCUACUCCCUCUUCCUCCUCUCUACUUACUCCCCUUCUUCCUCCUCUACUCCCUCUUCCUCCUCUCUACUUACUCCCUCUCCUCUCUCUACUACCUUUCCUCCCUCUACUCUCCUCUUCCUCCUCUCUACCCCUUCCUCCUCUCAAACUCCUUCCCUUCUCCCUCUUCCUCCUCUCUACUCCCUCUUCCUCCUCUCUACUCCCUCUUCCUCCUCUCUACUCCCUCUUCCUCCUCUCUACUCCCUCUUCCUCCUCUCUACUCCCUCUUCCCUCUCUACUCCCUCUUCCUCCUCUCUACUCCCUCUUCCUCCUCUCUCCUCCCUCUUCCUCCCUCUUCCUCCCUCUCUACUCCUCUUCCUCCUCUCUACCCUUACCCUCUUACUUCCUCUUCUCCUCUCUACUCUCCCUCUUCCUCCUCUUCUACUUCCUCUUCAUUUCCCUCUCUCCUUUCCCCCUUUCCUACUCCCUUCCUCCUCUCCUCUCUCUCUCUCCCUCUUCCUCCUCUCUACUACCCUCUUCCUCCUCUCCUACCUACUCUUCCUCCUCUCUACUUUUUACCUCUUCCUUCCCUCCUUUUUCUCCUCCUCACCCCUCUUCCUCUUCUCUCUCCCUUCUUCCUCCUCUCUACUCCCUCUUCCUCCUCUCUCUUCCCUUUUCCCCUCUCCUUUCCCUCUACCUCUUCCUCCUCUCACUUCUCCCUCUUCCCCCCCUCUCUACUCCCCUCUUCCUCCUCUCUACUCCCUCUUCCUCUCUACUACCUCUUCCUCCUCUCUACUCCCUCUUCCUCCUCUCUACUUUUCCCUUCCUCCCUCUACUCCUCUUCUUCCUCCCCUACUCCCCUUCCCUUUCCCUCUCUACUUCUCCUCCUUCCCCCCUUCCUCUCUACUCCCUCUUUCCUCCUCUCUACUUCCCUUCUUCCCUCUCUCUACCCACCUCUUCCUCCUCUCUCCCUCCCUCUUCCCCUCCUCUCUAUUUAAAACUCCCUCUUCCUCCUCUCUACUCCCUCUUCCUCCUCUCUACUUAUCUUCUUCCCUCCCCCCUCUCUCUCCUCUUCCUCCCUCUACUACCCUCUUCCUUUUUCUCUCUUUACCCCUCUUCCUCCCUCUUUCCCCUUCCCCUCUCCUUUUCCCCUCUCUCCCCCCUUCUUUUCUUACUACUCCCUCUUCCUCCCUCUACUCCCUUUUUCCUUUCCCUCUUCUCUACUCCCUCUUCCUUCUCUCUACUUCCCUCUUCCUCCUCUCUACUCCCUCUUCCUCCUCUCUACUCCUCUUCCUCUCCUACUCCCUCUUCCUCCUCUCUCUCUACCCUCUUCCUCCUCUCUAUUUCCCUCCUUCCUCCCUCUAUUUCCUCUUCCUCCUCUCUACUCCCUCUUCCUCCUCUCUCCUCCCUCUUCCUCCUCUCUACUCCCUCUUCCUCCUCUCUACUCCCUCUUCCUCCUCUUUUCCCUCUUUCCUCUCCUCCCCUCUCCUUCCCCUCCACUCCCUCUUCCUCCUCUCUUACUCCCUCUUCCUCCUCUCUACUCCCCUCUCCUCCCUCUUCCUUCCCCUCUCUAUUUCCCUCUUCCUUCUCAUUUCCCUCCCCCUCUCUACCCCCUUUCCUCCUCUCUACCUCCCUCUUCCCCCUCUCUACUCCCCCUUUCCUCCUCUCUUUUCCCCUCUUCCUCCUCUCUACUCCCUCUUCCUCCUCUCUCUUUUACUCCCCUCUUCCUCCUCUCUACUUAUUUCCCUCUUCCUCCUCUCUACUUCCUCUUCCUUCUCUCUACUCUCCCUCUUCCUCCUCUCUACUCCUUUCUUCUCCCCCCUUUCCUUCCCCCCUCUACUACCUCUUCCUCCUCUCUACUCUCCUCUCCUCUCCUCCUCACUUACCCUCCUCCUCCUCUCUACUCCCUCUCCCUUUUCCUCCUCUUACCUUCCUCCUCUCUACUACCCUUUUCCUCCUCUCUACUUCCCUCUUCCCCUCUCUACUCCUCUUCCUCCCCCUCUACUCCCUCUUCCUCCCCCUCUACUACCUUUUCCCUUUCUCUCUAUUUCCUACUCCCUUUUCCCUCCUCUCUACUACCCUCUUCCUCCUCUCUACUACCCUCUUCCUCCUCCUCUCUACUCCCUCUUCCUCCUCCCCCUCCUCUCUUCCCUCCCUCUCUCUUCCUCCCUCUCCUCCCCUUUUCCUCUCUACUCCCUCUUCCUCCUCUCUACUACCUCUUCCUCCUCUCUACUCUCCUCUUUUCUCCUUUCUUCUAUCUCCCUUCUUCCUCUCCUCUCUAACUCCCUCUUCCCCCUCUUCCUUCCUCCUCCUACUCCCUCCUUCUUCCCUCUCUACCCCUUUUCCCUCCUCUCCCGUUCCCCUCUCUACUCCCUCUUCCUCCUCUUUUACUUUUCCCCUCCUUCUCUACUCUACCUCUUCUCUCCCUCUACUCCCCUCUUCCUCCUCUCUACUACCCCCUCUUCCUCCUCUCUACUCUUCUCCUCUUCCCUCCCUCCUCUCUACUACCUCUUCCUCCUCUCUACUCCUCGUCCCUCUUCCUCCUCUCUUUUACCCUCUUCCUCCUACUUACUACCCUUCCUCCUCUCUACUCCUCUUCCUCCUCUCUACUCUCUUCUCUCCUAUCUCUACUUUUCCCUCUUCCCCUCUCUACUUCCCUCUUCCUUCUCUCUACUUCCCUCUUCCUCCUCUCUACUCCCUCUUCCUCCUCUCUACUACCCUCUUCCUCCUCUCUACUUUCCCUCUUCCUCCUCUCUACCUCUUCCCCCUCUCACUCCCUCCCUCCUCUCUAUUUACCUCUUUCCUCUCUACUCCCUCUUCCUCCUCUCUACUCUCCUCUUUCCUCUCUACCCCCUUUCCUCCCUCUCCCUUCCUCCUCUCUACUACCUCUUCCCUCCUCUCUACUCCCUCUUCCUCCUCUCUACUACCUUUCCUCUUCCUCCUCUCAAACUACCUUUUCCUCCUCUCUACUCCCUCUUCCUCCUCUCUACUUACUCCUCUUCCCUCUCUACUACUCCCUCUUCCCCUCCUCUCUACUCCCUCUUCCUCCUCUCUACUCCCUCUCCUCUUUUUACUACCUCUUCCUCCCUCUCUACUCUUCUCUUCCUUUCCUUUCCUCCUCUCACUACCUCUUCCUCCUCUCUAUUUCCCUCUUCCUCCUCUCUCUACUCUCCCUUCUUCCUCCCCCCCUCUACUACUCCUCUUCCUCCCCCUCUACUCCCUCUUCCUCCUCUCUCCCCCCUUUCCCUUCUAUACCUCUUCCCCUCUCUACUACUCUCCUCUUCUACUUCUCCCUACUUCCCUCUUCCUCCUCCUACUCUUCCCCCCUCCCUCCCCCUCUCUACUCCCUCUUCAUUCCUUUUCUAACUCCCUCUUUCCUCCUCUCUACUCCCUCUUCCCUCUCUCUACUCCCUCUUCCCUCCCCCUCUACUUACUCCCUCUUCCUCCUCUCUACUACCUCUUCCUCCUCUCUAACUCUCCCUCUUCCUCCUCUCUACUAUCCUUCCUCUCUCUACCCCUUCUUCCCUCCUCUCUACUCCCUCUUCCUCCUCCUCUCUACUAACCUCUUCCUCCUCUCUACUAUUUCCCUCCUCCUCUCCUCUCUUACUCCCCUCUUCCCCCCUCUCUACUCCCUCUCUCCUCCUCCUGCCCUCUUCCUCCUCUCUACUCCCUUUCUUCCUCUCCUCUUCUUUCUCUCCCUCUCUCCUCUUCCUCCUCUCUAUCUUCCUCCCUCUUCCUCCCUCUCUUCUCUAACUCCCUCUUCUUCCUCUCUACUCCCACUUCCUCCUCUCUACUCCCUCUUCCUCCUCUCUACUCCCUCUUCCUCCUCUCUACGACCUCUUCUUCCUAUACUACCUCUUCUCUGAUUGUCUUGGUCCUCUGUAGCUCAAUUGAUAGAUCAUAUGGUGCUUGCAACACCAGGAUAGUGGGUUCAAUUCCCGGGACCACCCAUACAUAACAUUUAUGCAUGCAUGACUGUAAGUCGCUUUGGAUAAAAGCGUCUGCUAAAUGGCAUAUAUUAUAUAUAUAUUAUAUAUACACUACCGUUCAAAAGUUUGGGGUCACUUAGAAAUGUCCUUGUUUUCGAAAGAAAAGCAUUUUUGUCCAUUAAAAUAACAUAAAAUUGAUCAGAAAUACAGUGUAGACAUUGUUAAUGUUGUAAAUGGCUGUUGUAGCUGGAAACGGCUGCUUUUUAAUGGAAUAUCUACAUAGGCGUACAGAGGCCCAUUAUCAGCAACCAUCAGUCCUGUUUUACAAUGGCACGUUGUGUUUGCUAAUCCAAGUUUAUCAUUUUAAAAGGCUAAUUGAUCAUUAGAAAACCCUUUUGCAAUUAUGUUAGCACAGCUGAAAACUGUUGUGCUGAUUAACGAAGCAAUAAAACUGACCUUCUUGAGACUAGUUGAGUAUUUGGAGCAUCAGCAAUUGUGGGUUCGAUUACAGGCUCAAAAUGGCCAGAAACAAAUAACUUUCUUCUGAAACCCGUCAGUCUAUUCUUGUUCUGAGAAAUGAAGGCUAUUUAUUCCAUGCGAGAAAUUGCCAAGAAACUGAAGAUCUCGUACAACGAUGUGUACUACUCCCUUCACAGAACAGCUUAAACUGGCUCUAACCAGAAUAGAAAGAGGAGUGGGAGGCCCCGGUGCACAACUGAGCAAGCAAGAUGACAAAUACAUUAGAGUGUCUAGUUUGAGAAACAGGCACCUCACAGGUCCUCAACUACUCAUUCAAGGGUUUUUCUUUAUUUUUUACUAUUUUCUACAUUGGCAUCUUCAUUAAAUAGUACCCGCAAAACACCAGUCUCAACGUCAACCGUGAAGAGGCGACUCCGGGAUGCUGACCUUCUAGGCAGAGUUGCAAAGAAAAAGCCAUAUCUUAGACUGGCCAAUAAAAAUAAAAGAUGAAGAUGGGCAGUCUGAGCUAUGGCUUUUUCUUUGCAACUCUGCCUAGAAGGUCAGCAUCCCGGAGUCGCCUCUUCACGGUUGACGUUGAGACUGGUGUUUUGCGGGUACUAUUUAAUGAAGAUGCCAAUGUAGAAAAUAGUAAAAAAUAAAGAAAAACCCUUGAAUGAGUAGGUGUGUCCAAACUUUUGACUGGUACUGUAUAUAUAUAUAUAUAUAUAUAUAUAUAUAUAUUUAUUUACAUUGACAUUGACAUUUUAGUCAUUUAGCAGACACUCUUAUCCAGAGCGACAUACAUAUUAUAUAUUUAUAUAUAUUAUAUUAUACUGUAUAUCUUGUGUUGUUUCAUCACUGUCCAAAACUCAGCUCGUACGAUGUGUGCUAUCACAAAUGAAUGUAAUUAAUAGCAGUAAGGAGGCUUUUGUAAGUCAAUGACUGACAUCUUCCCUCUUUAUCUGUAGGUUUGUGUCCCUCAGUGACCUCUAUGAGCCCACAGAUGAUGGUACUGAGAGCCAGGUGAGUCAAACACAUCUAGAUAUACCUUCUAUAUUGCUAAAACCUCACCUUUCUGAGACAUGUUUUAGGACAAGGCAGUGGAGUGAAAAAAAAUUGUUGUGAUUUUAUGUCUCGUUCAGAUAUUUGCCUCGUCAGCCUACGACGCCACCACUCACUUCGAGACCACCUGCAACGACAUCAAGGACAUCUACAAGCGUAUGACCGGAAGCGACUUUGACUUUGAGAACAUGAAACGCAAACAGAACGAUGUGUUUGGGGAG